UUGCCUGAUGGCUAACGGUAGUUUUAAAGUGGAGCAACACGGAGUGAAGGGCAUGCACGUUUUCUUCCUCUGGAACAGCUGAGCUUAAGAUGAACUCCACACAUGAUACUGACCCGGAGGAAACCAGCGAAACGCCAGGCAGUGCCAGGAUCCUUGCUUUGACUGUGUGCUCUGCAGCCAUUGGAGGCACCUUCCAGUAUGGCUACAACAUCUCAAUCAUCAACGCUCCUACCAGCUACAUUCAGGGUUUCAUCAACGAUACCUACAUGGAGCGGUGGGGCACAAGCUUGGACAUCCCUCAGGUGACCAUACUGUGGACUGUUAUUGUAUCAGCCUUCUCACUGGGAGGUUUGGUGGGUGCGCUUUUAGCAGGUCCUAUGGCAGUCCACUUUGGGAGGAAGAACUCGCUGCUUCUGAACAAUUCUUUCCUGUUUGUUGGCGCUGUGCUGGUGCUAACGUGCAGGGUGGCAAAGUCUUUUGAGAUGAUCAUCCUCGCUCGAUUUCUGGUGGGAAUGAACUCAGGCGUAAGUAUGAACAUUCAGCCUAUGUAUUUUGGGGAGAGCGCCCCCAAACACCUCCGAGGUGCUGUGGCUUUUUCCUCAGCUGUUUUCACUGCAUUUGGGAUUUUCUUGGGUCAGGUUGUGGGACUCACUGAGCUGCUGGGCACAGAGCCUCUUUGGCCCUACUUACUAGCUAGCAACGCUUUGCCGGCAUCGAUCCAGCUGCUUACCUUACCUUGGUUCCCUGAAAGCCCCAGGUACCUACUCAUUGACCGGGGGGAUAGGGAAGCGUGUGUCCGGGCACUUGGGAGACUCCGCGGUGGGGAGGCUCCUGUCUCGGAGAUGGAGGAGAUGCUUCAGGAGCAGCAGCAGCAACAAUCAAUAGCCUUAAGUUCUGGAGGUGCAGCUUCUGCCAAGACGCCCUGGGCCUUGUUUAAGGAUCGCGACCUGCUACCCCAGCUCAGGACAGUCAUGGCUGCCAGUAGUGCUAUGAUGCUCUGUGGCAAUGACUCCUUCUACUUCUAUGCUUCUUACAUCUUUCUCGAAGCAGGGAUCCCUCCAGAGAAAGUCCAGUAUGUCACCAUUGGCACCGGGGCAUCUGAGCUUACCGCUUCUAUACUGAGUAAUUUCCUGAUUGAACGUGUGGGCCGCAGGUACCUUCUCGUCGGAGGGUACAGUCUUAUGUCUUGCUGGACUGUAGUCUUCACUGUAGCUCUUAACCUCCAGAGUCGCGGGGUGGCGGGGAUGCCCUACCUCAGCAUGGCAUGUGUUUUCUCGUACAUCCUCAGCUUUGGCUUGGGCCCCGCAGGAGUGACCGGGAUCCUACCUGCUGAGAUCUUUGACCAGGCGGCUCGCCCGGCAGCGUACAUGGUCGCCGGCUCGCUCAUGUGGAUCAGCCUGUUCUUGGUGGGAAUGUUGUUCCCUUUCAUUGUCAACAGCUUGGGGGACUUCUGCUUCUUGCCUUUCUUGGCUGUUUGUUUGGUGUCUGCUUUGUUUUUGGGGCUCACAUUACCAGAGACUAAAGACAAGACGCUGGCUGAGAUUACCGCAGAGUUUCAUAGAAAAAAUGAAACGAAGAAUGACAGGCCAGGGAGGCAGGUGGAUGAGUCCAACACAGAUCAGCCCCAGCUCCAUACGGCCUGUUCCUUCACUAGCCUGACACAAGAUCCUGGCUGCAACCAAAAGAAUAGGGACUGAAAUUUGACAUGCUCCAGUGAAAGUGGGAACAAACCAGGCUGUGCCUUUUGUGGUCGCUAAAUGCACUUUCACUGUCGGGUAGAUUACUCCAGAGAUAUAAUCUAAAUUCCUUAUUGAUGAAAGACGAUCUCUGCAUAAUGACUGAUAAUUCAUAAUUUAAUUAUGAGCUUUAAGAUUCUGUAGCCAUUCACUGGAUGUGUGAAGUAUGUAACAGAUGUGCUGUCCUUAUCUCACUACUCAGGCAAGAGAGUGGUAAGAUACUCUUCUGUUGUGAUCUCUGUUGUGGCAAUUACAUACAGUACGCUCGCACAGAGGAAGCAUCCUAAUAACCUCAAUCAGCUACUACUACUAAUCAGCUAAUCUGCUACUGUUUAUAGUUUUUUUUUAUCAUAAACAUGACUUCAUGUUUAAGUUUGAUCAACGUUUUGAAUGACUUCACCCUUUAUAAGUUUAAGGUAUAAGAAGGAAAUUCACGUCACAAGAAACAAUCUGAACGGCUGGGGAACAGAUAAAGAGCUUGUGAAACCUGUAGUAAGUCACUGUCUUGAGUCGUAAUGUGUGUUUCUAACUGAAGGAAGGAGUCAAGACAAUAAUAUACCUCACAUGAAGCCUCAUAGUCCUCACUCAUACCCACUCCAACUCUUUCCAGUAGAGUGGGUAAUCGUUUGAAUCGCCUGUAUUAAAGGAUUACUCACCCUAAUUCAACACAUCUGCACUGGGUAGAUAAUGGUGCUUGUUUAUUAUGUAAUCUGACUGUUUUGUUGACAUGUCUGUCUAGUUCAGUGAUCCAUGUUUGUGCACCUUUUUCCCCCACAAUCAAAGAUCCAAGUGGAAAUAUUGACUCCAAACUCUGGCAGCUUUGGUGUCAUGUUCUACCCGGUUCAUUUCGCAGGAUAUCAUGCCUCUGUAAUUUAUCAACAAACCUGUGGUGCUGCUCGCAAUUUAACAAACGUAUGAAACAUCAUCUGAGGCACUGAGUGGACGGCUGCAGCGCUGCAAACGGUCCAGUAGGUGUUGCACUGUCACUGUUGUUUGCGUGCUCUCCUUCACAUACUGGAAAUAUAAAGCUGUAUGAUAUCAAAAAUGAAUCACAGAUGUAUUUCAGCCGAGUGAAGAGGACACAUUCAGCAGCUGUCAGCUCAACAACCUCUCCAGGCCGUCUGUCGACCAAUCUGUCAUGGCUUCUGUAUAAUUUCUUAGUAAAACAUUAUUUAUUCUUUCUUUUUUUUUUUUUUAAAUGGUAAUCUAAAUCACCGUUUCAAUCAUUUUCCUGGAAACUUUCCUGGAUUUCAGGGAGGAAAACACACGUAGCAUGUUGAAGACGCUGUGCACUGACUGAAUGAAUUUACUAGUUACUGUAUGACACUGUCAAUCCAAAGAAUGUUAUGAUAGUAAGCAUGUGAUAAAAAUGUGUAAUGUUCAGGCUGUGUUUUUAGUUAUUGGCUGCAAAAAUACAUUAUAUUUAUUCAAUGGGAACAAUAAUAAAACAUAAAAGUGCUGAUCUA